GGGCACAGCCACAGGGGUACUGUCUGGAACCUGACUCUUCCCCUUCCCUCUCCUGACUGUGAUCCACUUGUCUGUCUCCCAUGGCCCCGGUGUGACAAGAGACUCUGCAGGUGCUGGAAAUCCAAAGUAACACACACAAAGUGCUGGAGGAAGUCAGCAGGUCAGGCAGCGUCUAUGGAGAGGAAUGAACAGUCAGUGCUUUGUGUCCUGAUAAAGAUGCUCAGCCCGAAAUACUGACAGUUUAUUCCUCUCCAUAGAUGCUGCCUGACCUGCUGAGUUCCUUCAGCACUUUGUGUGUGUGUUACCCUUAAUAAGCUUGUAUUGCUUUCUUUAAAAACACGAGUGAAGGAAGAUUUAAUUGAGUAUUUAACAUUAUGAAGGAACUAACAAGAGAACAGAUCCUUACGCCAAGGUUCUGAACCCCUAAUGUACACAUGUAUGAGUGAUUGGGAAACCAGUGAGACGGACUUGCUGAAUGCAGCAGGAUAGCAGGAAACUUCUGCCACACAGGAGCUCGGUUCACAGCCGCAUUUCCAACCUGACAAACAGCUUGGCCACAGUAGCGUAGCAGUUAGCAUAACACAGUUACAACAUUCUGGAGUUUGGGGUUCAAUUCUGGUGCCGUUCUGUAAGGAACGUCCUGCCUGUGGAAUGCUGGUUUUUUCCCAGGUGGUCUGGUUUCCUCCCACAGACCAGGUAGGUCAAUUGGUCAUUGUAAAUUGUCCCAUGAUCGGGAUUGCUGGAGUCGCGUAGCUCGAAGGGCUGGAAGAGCCAUCUCUAUUCUGUGUCACUAAGUAUGUAAAUAGACAGCUCAGACUAUAAAUACAAACAAGGGAAAAUGGGCAGAUGAGGAAAGUCCGGAGAAAAGCACACACAAGAUGCUGGACUAAUUCAGCAGGUCAGGCAGCAUCUACGGAAAUGAAGAGACAGUCGAUGUCCCAGGCCAAGACCCUCCUGCAGGACAGCUCAGACAAACAGAAGCCUGGAGCACCUGGGGAGGACACAUUUCCCUCAUAAACCCAAGGACAGAGAUAUAACAAAAUCAAUGGAAUGUACAGAGGAAUGAGAAGAAAAUAUUUUACACCGAGGGUGGGAGGUUAACACAUUCACACAGUACUUGGGUCAGGACUUGCAGAGGGACAAGUAGCAAAGGGGCAGGGGUGAUGUGUUGAAGAUUGGACAGAGGCUGUGUAGGGGGAUGUGUCAGAAGGGGUUCUGAGGUUGAGGAGGGGGAUGAGUUGGAGGUGGGCUGAGGUUGAGGAAGGGGAUGAGUUGGAGGUGGGCUGAGGUUGAGGAAGGGGAUGAGUUGGAGGUGGGCUGAGGUUGAGGAGGGGGAUAUGUUGGAGGUGGGAUGAGGUUGAGGAGGGGGAUGUGUUGAAGGAUGGGCAGAGGCUGUGUAGGGGGAAUGUGUCAGAAGGUGUUCUGAGGUUGGGGAGGGGAAUGUGUUGGAGGUGGGCUGAGUUUGAGGAGGGUGAGAUGGAGUUUGGCAGGUUGAGGAGUGGGAUGUGUCAGAAGGCGUUCUGAGGUUGAGGAGGGUGAUGAGUUGCAGUUUGGCUGAGGUUGAGGAGGGGGAUGUGUCGGAGGUGGGCUGAGGUUGAGGAGGGUGAUGAGUUACAGUUUGGCAGAGGUUGAGGAGGGUGAUGUGUCAGAGGUGGGCUGAGGUUGAGGAGCCUCGCUUACAAUCAGCACAGACACUCUGGACAAUGCCCCACGCCGCUGUGGCCAGUUUCCUGUGAAUCUCAAACUGUAGGAAGCAGCUCUGCCCUAAAGUUGACAGACUUCCUACUUGUUUGGAAACUCCACCCAUUUAAUCACUGGUCUUUCAAUGCUUCCGCUUCUGGGAACGUGUAAGUUUCGUUUCUGUCUGAUCAGAAUCGACAGCUGAAGACAGGACUGCUGCUGAACCUCUAUCUCCAAAGGUGCUACAGCUGAAGUCACAGUGCCUCUGAAUCUCCAACUCUAAAGAUUGCCCCAAAGUGGUCCAUUGGGUACUCAAUAAGGAUGGGGACUCAUCCUGAAAAUGUACCUUAUUUGAAUGAAAAUGGAGUGACAUCCCCUGUCCCAGAAGAGAAGAAGGAAGGUUACACUCAAUGUAACCCCCAUCCUUUCGACAAAGAAGAAGCAGAGUUUUACUAUGUAAAAGGACAUGUCCUUCCAGUAGAAUCUGGUAGCAAAAACUUAAUUACUCCAUGCCAUGAAUUUAAAUCUUUCCAAUUUGCUGCCCAGAGAAGUGACUUUGAACAGGAAGUAAAAUUUGCAAAGGAAGUUAUAAAGUUUGCUGCAGCCUGCAUGAACUGCAGAACCAAUGGGACAAUUCACUUUGGAGUUGAAGAUGGUGGGGCAUAUAAACACGGCGAGAUACUGGGUGUUCCUGUGCCAAAACGAGAACUUUUUGUAAAGGCACGCGACAAGUACAUCAAGAAAUGCUUUUCCCAAAAGUAUCACCACCAUGCUGAACAUUCCAUUCGUCCACCAAGAUUUGUUGAGGUCAUUGGUGAAGAUUCUGGAGAGCAACACUUUGUCAUUGAAGUUGAUGUUGUUCCAUCGUUAUCAUGGGUAAAAGAUAAAUUCUUCCUAGUGAGAAUUCCAGAUUUAAACAAAUCUACAAGUAACCAAAUAGAAUAUACCCACCAAUCCUGCUAUACAAGAAAAGGGGCUGCUUGUGAAAAAAUUCACAAGAUGCCUGAGUAUUUCCGAGACUGGGAUUUUGCCAGAGAAAAAGCAGAGCGCGAGGAAGAACUCUCCAGAGAUGAUGUGUACAGGAAACUGUCUGAACUGUUUACGAGUAUCAAGAAACACAUGAACAGUAAAAUAAAGUAUAUUCUAGUCAUUGACCAUCAUAAGAACAAUGAGAAUCUUGGCUUUUUGUUAAAAAUGAAUUUUUUUUGUAUUUUUGAUUUUGACCCCAAUUCCAGUACACAAGAUUUAUUCAAUCUGCAGCCCAAAGCGAAACCUUAUUUCUUGGAAGAGUGCGUCACCGAAACAGGUUCAUUGACCGAUGAAAUAAAGAUGAAUUCCUUUCAUCAAACCAGCUGGAUAUUUUGCAAUGGGCAAAACAGCAAUGGGGAGCACAAGCCUACUUACAAUACAACAUCCCGCAGCGAGAUGAGAAGGGAGCAUCUAGCAAACAUUGUAUCACAGAUCUGCAGUGCAGUCCUUCCACCAGGAUCAUUUGAAGUGCUUUUUCUUCUGUUCUCACAAGCAAAUCAGACACUAGCAGAGGCAUUUCAUGAGUUCUACACUGGAAUGGAAGGCAGGAAUAUAAGAUGCAUUGUGGAAGACAGGAAAAUUUACAACAGAUGGAAAGAAGUUCUGGACACUGAAAAUAAUAGGAACAUCCACAACCUGAGUAUAGUGGGAACAAAGAUCAGCCAUUUAGACAAUAUGAUUCAGAUCAUUCAGUCUUCCUGGCCAACUGUUAAGCAGUUGCUUAAUGACGACAUUAAUUAUGAAGACCUGAUGCCUUAUCUGGAAGUGCUGAGGUCAACUGACUGCAGUUGGGAGGAUGUUGACCCGGACGAUGAAGAGUGGCAGAAAGAAAUCAGAGAUAAGGAAAUCCACUUUUACAAAGGUGGCAAAGUCAACUGGAUGAAUUUCUGGUUUGCUGAUAAUAAAUACUGUGGGGAAAUUAUAAAAAGAGACGCAUAUGAAAAAGUGGAAUCUCAUCUGAAUUCUUUGCUAGAGAGAGCAACUUCAGCAGAGCCAGUGACCAUCGUGACAAUAAGCCACAUGCCUGGCAGUGGAGGAAGCACUGUGGCCCGUCACAUCCUCUGGGACUUCAGGAAGAGAGUUCGGUGUGCAACAGUUAACAUAAUACACCCUAUGCACCCUGCAAAAACUGUCUGUGAGCACGCUGUUAAAUUACGGAAGAAAGAAGGGGAUAAGGUGCAUUUACCAGUGCUUCUACUGGUUGAAGACUGUGAUAAUGAGUACAUUGAAGAACUGAGGAUCAAUCUGACACGAGCAGUUAUUGAUUAUUCUUCAAAGCCAAGCUUCAUUCUGCUACACUGCAAGAGAUAUAAAUCUGCAGAAGCACUGAACAAUAGACCUGCAACUGUGAAGGUUCAUUACAUGUUAUCAGAGAAUGAAAAGAUGCAGUUUAGGAAAAAACUGGACGCCCUCAAAGAGUUGUAUGAAGAACAUUCAAUUCUCACAUUUGUUCUAAUGACCAAGGAAUUCAAUCGAGAAUACCUUACCAACUGUGUGAAUGAACUUCUGGGAAGUAUUGGUCAGACAUCCUGUGCUCUUCAGUUAAUUCGUUGCAUUGCAUUGCUAAAUUAUUACGUCGGGGAUUCAUACAUAACUGUGUCUCAGUGUGAGGCAUUCAUAAGUCGAUGUGUACAACGAGAAUGUGCACAGCACAUUACUUUUCAGAGCAUGUUGAAUGGAAUGGCAAACUAUUUACUUGAAGAACUGACAGAAAUCUCUAGUGUUCGAAUUGUGCACUGUAAAGUCGCAGAAGAAAUAUUGAAACAGAUGACGUGCUCUCAAUCUCAGAGUAAGACCGCUGCCAAACUCCUUGAGGAAAGUACUUUUACCAAGCAUUAUGCUGCCGUAAAAGUAGAUGGAUUCAUCAGGCAUUUGUUUGUUCAAAGAAAGGAUCACAUGUAUAGAGCCAAACUGUCAUUCUCUUCCUUCAUUACACACAUAUCACAAAUUGAGAGUAAAAACGCCGCCAUCGAUAUUCUGAUCAAAGCCUGUAAGCGCUUUGAUGAGGAUGCAUUCGUGAUUCAGCAACUUGUUAGGUUUUUGUGCAAAGAGAAGAAGUUUGAACAGGCUGAGAAAUGGGUGGAAAAGGCCAGGAAUCUGGCACCAUCCAAUUCUUAUAUUUUACACACUGAGGGGGAAAUGUAUAACAAAUGGAUUCGCUCAAAGUUCACUAUACCAUAUCUAACUGAACAAAACAGAUCUCCAUGCAUAUUUUCAAAGGCAAUAAAGAUGGGAUUGAAGGCAAUUGAUGCUUUUCAGAAUUCCCAGGAAGCAUCCAAGUUAGAGAAUGAAUGGAAUAAUGCAGGCUGCUUCGGUGAGAUUGAUGUAGGGUGUUAUAUUGUGAAUUGUAUGUCUGAGCUGGACAUAUUUAAAUACAAGAAUGGGUGCUACAUGAACCUGGUGAAGUACUUACUGACAGAUUGGAUCCCAGAAGGACUGGACAACAUACUGGGUGGGUUACAUGAAAAAUUAAAGAUGUUGCAUGAUAACAUUUGGAAAACAAUGGAAACAACUUAUGAAUACAUAGCUUAUUUCCAUCCUGACCGACCAACUGAAGAAAGGCUUCCUGAGGAGAAAUACUUCGAGAAAUUAAUUAAGAAUGAAAAACAAUUCUCAUCUUUCUUCACAAACAUAGAUGACGAUUUGCUGAGACAAGAAAAUAUGGAACAUUUGCUGCCCAAAUUAAAAAACCACAACAUUUAUUUCUUGGGUGGUGGCAGAUUCAUGAACAUUUUUCCCCUAGAUCCUGCAAAUUGUAUAAAAAUAAUAGAAUUGUGUAAGAAUCGAUCGGCAAAUUAUAACAAAAGUAAUCUGGAAAAUUAUGUUUUAUCACAUAUUGCACUGGCUGUCAAAAAACAUCCUGCAGCUACUUCUAAAGCAGAACUUCGUGAGCUCAGUUACACAUUGUGUAAAGAGUGUACUUUGGAUGAGUCUCCCAUCCCAUACUUCAUACAGGUGUUAUUGUACUGGCCAGAAAGCAAAGCUGAGAAUGCUGAUGGAGACGAAGUGUGUUUAAUUGAUGCAUUAACCUCCAUGAACAGAUUGUACAAGAACAAAAUAAAGGAUUCACCAACUAGGAAAAUGUCUACUUACCCUCACUUUUUCCUUGGACCUGGAGAUGGUUUUCAGAGGUUUAUCCACAACAGACAGAGGGAAUGUAAUGAUGGGAUGUAUGCAUGGAAACGACUUUGUAACAAGCUACAAUGCAUCGAGGGCUACAUUGAAAACCAAAAACUUUACAUUCAAGGCCAUUCUGCUGAAAGUAAGAUUCCUGUCCAUUGUGGUCCCAAAUAUGUGAUGCCAUCCAAGAGAAGACAAGUUUUAUUUUAUUUGGGAUUUACAUUGCGGGGCUGUGUUGCUUACAAUAUUCAGAAAGUGUCUGAAGAUCACUAGACUAGCAAUCAGAGUUCUGGAUCACUGAUCUAUUGACAUGUGUUCAAAUCUCACCAUGGCAGAUGGGGAUUUAAUUUUAAGUGAUUAAAUAAAACUAUAAAGUUUUUAAAAUAAAACUACCUUCAGACCAGUAGCCACUAAAUUACCAAAAACAAUCUAAGUCAGUAAUUUUCUCUAUGGAAUGAAAUCUGCUGAUCUGACCUGAAGUGGCUGACUCUUAGCUGGAAAACAAAUAUUGUCGCUCCUUGCAGAUGAAUAAAGCAAAUAAAGUUUUAGGGUUUCAUGAAGAGUUCAUCCUGAUGUGGACACUGAGGAUCAAAUAUACAAUGUAAUAAAGGGAGCCAUGAAAGGUCAUCGAAACUACUGUCGGCCAGUCACAUGACAUGACACAUUAUCCCUCUGGAUUUAGAUUAUAACUCUUGUAAAAUUUUCACAAUGGCUUUGUGAACAACAAGACCUAAAAUUAAAAACAAAGAAUUGCUCCUGGUUUAACCUAAUAAAUGUGGCUAGUACUGUAGGAACCAUGUAUCUAUUUUCUGUAUGUCUGUAUUGUAUUUUGUGUUGCAUGUAUUAUUAUGGGUUACAGUCAUUUGUCACCCUUUGUGCUGUUAGUUUAGUUUACCAGAGACUGAGUAGGGGAUGGAUUUUUUUUGUUGACCGCUAAGUUCGCAAACUUUGUUAGUAUUGCUGAUUUUGCUAUCACUAUUGCUAUUUUUGAUUGUCUUUACUGGUUUCCUAAUAAAGGAUUGAAUGUACUUUAUUUCAACUUGGAACUCAGAUCUGGAAGCGCAUCAUUCAUGUCAAUUCCCUCACUUGGUCUCUCAGUGGUUUUGGUUUAUUUCUUUCAAGUAGUUGCUACAGGUACUAAACUAUAUUGACGAAUCAUUGAUAGGUGAUAUGGGGCUGGAUGGGGUAUAGUAAAUGUAUGACAAUAAUCUUAUUGCAAAACAGAUAAGCAUAAGCAAUAACUCUUUGAAUUUUAUCUCUGAAAUCCUAUCUACAAAUUAGACUACUGAUUGUGGAAGUAUUUCUGUAACCCUGAAGUCUUUAUGAAUUUGUAACUUUUGCAAAAUGUUAUGUGUGCAAAAUGGAAUCUGUGUGAUCCCAGAGUGCUUUACUAGUUCCCUGGUUUGGAUUGGAGGCUUACAAGAAGUCUGUGUGUGUUUUAUAUCAGAUGUAUGUUCAUGGCAGGAGUGUUUUGACAACUGAGGAAAAACAGCUGGUAUGGGGGAAGAAGCCUCUAAAGACAAAUGGACUGAUAGAAGAAUAGAUCCUAGGAACCAGAGAUAGGUGCAGAUAACAAAGGAAUGUUAUGGGAUGGAACAACUUAAUUAUUGAUCUCUGUAAAAGUAUAAAAGUGGUUUGUUUUGAGCUGUCAGAUUGAAGCUUCCUACCAACUUAACGUAAGGAGGUAGACUUUCCCUGCAAAUAAACAAAACAUGCCUAUAAUUUAAUCAACUCUGAAUUUGUGGUAGUUUGUUACUGUAUAUUAGAAGACCAAGCUGAACAUUACCUGACAUGAAAAGACAAAAUAAUGUGACUUUGUUUACGAAUUGUUUAACAGCAUUUUUAAAGAAAGAGUUUUAUCAUUACUUGUAGACUUAGAGUAGGGAUAUUCUCCUUUACAAUUUUGUACUUGUGUAGGAAUUAAUUGUUUUAUAAAAUGUAUUCUUUUUCAGAUUAGUUUAUAAUAGGUUGAUUUAUUAAUGUCAUGUUUAUUCUGAAUUUUAUUCUAACUAAUCUAAUGUAAUCUAAAUAACAAAGUGAUUUAAUAUUUUUAUUGUAAUUUGUGCAUAUGGUUCACAGCUUUGUACCCUAUCUGUAUCUACAUUGUCAGAUAAGGAGCUUGGAAUACUUCAUAAUAAAAUGGGAUUAAUUUAGAAACUAGUGAUAGCUGCAGUUUUAUUAACAAUUGGUCCUACCAGGAACUGAUCUUGUAUAGGUUGUAUCCCAGGUUACAAUGGAAUCUGGCAAGGCAAUGCCAAUAACUUCAACUGCAUAGAACAACUGCAAGCAUGAAUUCAAAAGAAAACGGACUCACUUGCAAUAUCCCAAAAUCCUGAGCAUGUUAAACAAAGCUUUGUACAGAGCUCUCAAUUAUCCCAGCCUUUAAUGGACAUGAUCAUAACAAGUUGUGGAUUCAGCUUCUGACAAUACAAAUGGUGACUGUGAACUACAGAAGCAUUUCCCCAUUCAGCAAUGACUACCUAAGGGAGCUGAACUUCAUUGUGUAACUAUACCAUUUCAGAUAGGAAGUUCAAAGUCUUUCUUAACAAAAAAAACGGUUAAUUCAAUUAUAAAACUUGAGUAUAAAUCUAAUGGUCAGAGCUGGAGGUCUGCUCACACAUAAUUAUUCACCAGACUGAUCAACUACUAGAAUAUAGUUUCCAACAAUAAAUCAUGUGUUUUAAGUCAGCUGUUAAAACCAUAAAACAUAGGAGCAGAAUUAGGCUAUUAGGUCCAUUGAGUUGGCUCCUUUCAUUAUGGCUGUUUAAUUUCCCUCUCAAUCCCAUUCUUCUGCUUUCUCCCCAUAACCUUACACUCCCUGACUAAUCAAGAAUCUGUCUUAAAUACACCCUAUGACCUGCCACCACAGCUGCCUCUGGAAACAAAUUCCAGAUUCUGACUAAAGAAAUUCAUCCUCAUCUCCGUUCUCAAUGGACAUCCCUCUAUUCAGAGGCUGUGCCCUCUGGUCUUAGACUCCCCGACUAUAGGAAACAUCUAGGUCUUUCAAUAUUUGAUAGGUCUCAGUGAGAUCCCCCCUCAUUCUUCUAAAUUUUAAAUCCCAGUGAGUACAGGCUCACACCCAUUAAAUCCAUCUCAAAUGAUAACCCUUUCAUUCCCAUAAUCAUUUUCGUGAACCAUCUUUGAACCCUGUCCAAUAUUAGCAUAUCCUUUAAUAGGUGUCCAAAACAGCUCAUCAUACUCCAAAUGAGGCCUCACCAGUGCCUUAUAAAUCCUCAGCAUUAUAUCAAACACGAGGAAAUCUGCAGAUGCUGGAAAUUCAAGCAACACACACAAAAUGCUGGUGGAGCGCAGCAGGCCAGGCAGCAUCUAUAGGGAGAAGCACUUCCUAUUUUGACAGUGCUUCUUCCUAUAAAUGUUGCCUGGCCUGCUGUGUUCCACCAGCAUUUUGUGCGCUCAGCAAUAUAUCCUUGUUUUUGUUUUCUAGUUCUCUUGAAAUGAAUGCUAACAUCACAUUUGUCUUUCUCACCACAGACUCAACCUGC